CUCUCUCGUCAGACGAAAGAUUAUUAUUGUUGCUCUUCCCCUGCUCCGGUGCUUCAACUUGCAAUCUCCCCUCCCUCCACCUCUCCGCUCUUUCUCCCCUCCUCCCCGGGUUCUUCUUCCCUCCGCUGAAAUGUCCACCAUGGCAAGCGGCGCCAAGUUGGAGACGUCGCAUCCCCCACAGCCGGCGGUUGUGUCAACCCCUGCAAAAAAAGUUCAUUAUCCUUUCUGGUUCGGUGGUUCAGCAUCAUGCAUGGCCGCUGCCGUCACUCAUCCUCUGGAUCUUGUCAAGGUUCGCCUGCAAACCCGUGGGCCUGGUGCCCCCUCGACUAUGAUCGGCACCUUCGGACAUGUGGUCAAGAAUGACGGACUCCGGGGUCUAUACAGUGGGCUGUCGGCCGCAAUGUUGCGCCAAAUUACCUACUCCACCACACGCUUCGGUAUCUAUGAAGAACUCAAAAACUACUUCACAUCCCCCGACUCGCCUCCCGGCCUCCUGAGCCUGAUCGCCAUUGCCUCUACCUCCGGCUUCAUCGGCGGUAUUGCCGGCAACCCCGCCGAUGUCCUGAACGUGCGCAUGCAGUCCGACGCUGCUCUCCCCCCGGCCCAGCGCCGGAACUACCGCAAUGCGCUGCACGGUCUGGUGACUAUGUCUCGCACCGAGGGUGCCGCCAGCUUGUUCCGCGGCGUCUGGCCGAACUCGACCCGUGCCAUCCUCAUGACCACUUCGCAAUUGGCCACCUACGACUCCUUCAAGCGCCUGUGCAUUGAACAUCUCGGCAUGUCCGAUAACAUGAGCACGCACUUCACCGCCUCCUUCAUGGCCGGCUUCGUCGCAACCACGGUCUGCAGUCCCGUCGAUGUCAUCAAGACCCGCGUCAUGAGCGCCUCCCCCGCCGAGAGCCGCGGUCAGAGCAUCAUUGGCUUGCUGCGCGAUAUCACCCGCAAAGAGGGCCUCGCCUGGGCCUUCCGCGGCUGGGUUCCUAGCUUUAUCCGCUUGGGUCCUCAUACCAUUGCUACCUUUAUCUUCCUCGAGGAACACAAGAAGCUUUACCGCUUGUUCAAGGGGAUUCCUGAGACGGGCAAGCACUGAAGUUGAAUCAGUGUUUUGUGCCUUGUUCUUGUUGCCUGUUGUGUUGAACACAUAUCUGUGAUAUCCGUUCCGAUUCCUCGUUCACGGCAUAGACGGUUUUCUUCUUUCUCUCUUUGUGAUCUUAUUUGGCGAAGCAUUACCGGAGGACAAAAGUCUUGUUUCUUUUUUUCCUUAUUCACUUGUGAUCAUACCUCUGUACAUAAUCUAUAGACCACUUUUCCUUUUUUUUUCUUUACAUCUCCGGGCUGGCUUGCGUGACUUCUGUCCUCUAGUUUUAUGACAACCGUCUGUCUGUUUGAUCCCCCUCUGACAGCACCUCAUAUCCUUCCUUUUAUCCCUCCUUUUUCUCGUGGCCACGAGGACGGAACUUGCGCUGAACAUUAGAUCCUGCUAUUUACCCAUGUUUGCUUAGACCAGAUUGUUAUAGAGUGUGCAUGCUUGGAUGG